GCAACAAUUUACGAUAAUCUGACGUUUACAUCAGACCUCGAGGAAGAGCGGACAGCUGUUAGCGUAUACUUUCAUUCUAUUCUACGGGCGAUAAUCUUGGGUUACUCUUAGGGGACAGCUCGCGUGGGGACUCACUCGCACGGCCCCUGAGCCCGCCCCGGAGGUAUUCCAUGCCUAGCCCGCUCCCUCCCAAUCCCUUUCCGCCAAACGCCUUCCAUGUUGCCUACCAACGAUGCCUCGCCCUCGAGGCUGCGGCACCACAUCUUCAAGCUCUCCCCGACUCCCCUCCUCCAAUUGUGUGCGUUCGUCUUCUCGGGCACUUGUUGCGCUUGGCCCCCGCUGGUAAUCCCCAAGGACAGGUUGAACGCGAAAUCACGUUAGCGACGGACGAUGCAAAUCUUAUGAAGUUAGCCAAGCAUUUUGUGAGUAAUUUCAUCAAGGCUUUUAGGGGUAGCCGCGGAUCAACGCCCGCACAGUCUGGGCGCCCUUCACCCCCGUCAUUGGAAGGUGCUCGUGAAAAUACCAUGGUUAUAAUGCAAGAGGGCGGCAUAGAUUAUGGCACGGCUUGGACGACUGCAAUGUGUCGUGGCGACAACCGCUGCAUGCUCACUGGAGAGAGCGACUUUCGAGGCGGUGGCUGGCGGCACAUAGAAGCUGCGCACAUUAUCCCACAGGCAACUAAUAGAAAUAUCGGAGAAGAAGGCAACAAGUUCCAUUCUGCGGGUGUCCGGACGGUCUUGUCGAUGCUCGCCGAGAUCGACCUUCCUGAGCUCCUGUCGGACGGACUGAUCCAUCGACUCGAGAACAUCAUGACGCUGCAGCACGAUUGUCACGCCGCUUUCGAUGAUCUCAUACUGUGGCUUAAACCUGUGGAGGGUAUACAGGACACAUAUAGUGUACACGAAGCUUUUCAAGGACUGAAGACGGUCAAAGGCAUUCCCGAUAAGGUGACUUUCUCCACGACAACUGCAUACCCUCUUCCCCACCCCGCUCUUCUUGCGCUUCACGCGCUUUGCUGUGAGGUGGCUUGGAUGUCUGGAGCGGCAGAGUACCUCAUGGAUAUAGAGAGAAGGAUGGAUGAGACAAGAGUCCUAGCAAACGAUGGCUCGACUGCUGACGUCUUGAUGAAAGCGUUGGCACUUGUUGAAACUUAAUGACCUGUUUUGUCGUCUACUUGGUGACUUUGGAAGUAAGUAUGUAGCGUAACGCGCCAAGUUUGUUUGGCAGCGGCCUCGGAAACAAACAACCACCGGCUCACGUAAUCCAUCU